GGGAGCAAGUUGAGGUUGCAAGAAACCAGAAACUACAGCUCCGUAUUUUGAUGAAAUUUAAUUUUCAUCGUAUUCCCACUGAUCAUGGCGGCUUCCGACUCGUUAGAAAACAUUUUUAAUCAAAUAACAAAUCCAGUGAACUGCGAGGAGAACUGGGAGCAGAUAAUAACGUUUUGUGAUCAGGUGAACAGAGAGCAUGAGGGUCCACAGACAGCCUGCAAACUCAUCAGUCACAAAAUACAGUCACCACAGGAGUGGGAGGCUCUUAUUGCUCUCUCAGUGCUUGAACAUUGUGCAAAGAAUUGCGAGAAAAGAUUCCAUCAAGAAAUAGGAAAAUUCCGUUUUUUAAAUGAAAUGAUAAAGCUGGUGUCUCCAAAGUACUUGGGGAAUAAAACAUCGCCUAGGGUUCAUGUUAAAGUUAUCGAGUUGAUGUAUCAGUGGACGUUAAUAGCACCACAUGAGCCAAAAAUCAAGGAGGCAUAUGAGAUGCUUAAACGCCAAGGCAUUGUAAAGCAGGACCCAAUACUUCCUGCAUCGCCUGUCAGAAAUAUCCAGUAUGGAAAUACGGGAGUGGUUCCACCCAGUCCCCGCAGAAAUGAAUUAGCUAUAGAUGCAGAUAAACAGAAGUUAUUAUCAAAGUUAUUAAAGAGCAGAAAUCCGGAUGAUUUGCAAGCAGCGAAUAGACUCAUCAAGAAUUUGGUUAGGGAGGAUGCUGCCAAAUCCGAGAAAGUGAGUAAGCGUAUAUCCGACUUGGAGACAGUAGGUAACAAUGCAAAGCUGCUGGCGGAUAUGCUGUCAAACUACAGCAGUGCAACAGCAAGCGCAGAAGAUCGAGAGCUAAUGAAAGAACUUUAUGUGUCCUGCGAUAAGCUUCGACCCAGCCUCUUCAGGCUAGCAAGUGAAACAGAUGAUGAUGCCAUUGGCGAUGUGUUGAAAGCGAACGACGAAUUGACUCGUGUGAUGGAGCGCUACAAAGCAGUUAUCAUUGACGACAACCCUGUGCAGUUAGUAGCUGAUGCAAGGCAGGAGAAUGGCGAACGUCUAUUGGGAAGUACACAUAAAGGUGCAGCAGGUCCCUCUUUGUUGGACCUGGACACGACCAGUACCUCGCAAGCAGCCCAAAUAGCUGAUAGCGCGCUUCUCGAUGCUGACCUCUCGGCCAUGGGUAUGUCAGAAUUUACGAAUGACAGUAUGCACCUCACUCCAGCUAAGACUGCAGCAACACAGAAAUCAGCUAGCAGUCUCUCUGAACUGGACGAUAUUUUUAGUGUGCCGGGGACGGCAACUCAGCCAGCAAAUAGCAAUGUGUUUGACGACUUUGUUAGUGCGUCAGUGUCAGCUCCCGCGGCUCCGAGGGCUCCUCUCUAUCACACACCGCCACAUGUAACGCUGCCCCCAGUUGCUGCCUUGCCGAGCGGCCCGCCGCCGGCCUACCCUGCACCCUCGACGUUCAGUACGGCCGAGCAGGUACGGCCAACGAUGGCGGCCGCCGUCGUGCCGACCCAAUCACUGCUGCACGGGACGUCGGAGGAACUUCACAAUGUGUUUCUGCAAUCCAGCUCUCACUACUCGGCCGCGGCUGCGAUGAAACACGACCCGGGUGAACUCGUGGGUCCGAUGCCGAUGGUGCCGCAGCAGGCUGUGUCGACGUCACCUGCGAAGUCGAGCGAGCGUCCGGUAGCGAAAGGACUGGACGAAUUGGAUGCAAUCGGUCAGAAGCUCAUCGAGCAGCAGAUGCCUAUCGACAUGUUCGUGUCGGGACAAAACAAGUUUCAGCCUCCUAGGAAGACGCCAAUGAAUCUUAUGCAGAAGUCGGCCCCUGCUGUGUCGGCUACCAUGACAGCAGCCUCCAGCGCGAUUACAAAGACGACGAGUACUCCAACGAGCCCUGCUCAGGUGCUACCGCUCACAGACCUGUUUAUACACCUGGAAAAUGUCCAACCAGGUACCUUGUCACCAUUAAACGUUUAUGACAAAGGGGGGCUGAGGACAGUCAUGCAUUUUGCGAAGAACGCGCCGAGGGAAGAUGUGGCGGUCAUGGUUGUCUCUACAAUAAACAUGAACACUGUGUCUGUAAAGGGCUUCACAUUCCAAGCAGCUGUGCCGAAGGUGAUGAAGGUAAAACUUCAGCCGGCAUCUGCAGCAGAUCUUCCUGCUUUCAAUCCGAUUCUGCCUCCAGCUGCGAUCACACAGGUUAUGCUGCUCGCAAAUCCACUAAAGGAAAAAAUCAAGCUGAAAUACAAAAUCACGUACUUGAUGAAUGAUAAUCAGGUAGUAGAGGUUGGAGAUGUGGAGAACUUCCCCAUUCCUUGACAUCGUUCCUGGGUGUGUUAGCUCGUUCUGUACGGAAAAUGCAUUGCAUGUAGGUAGGUUACACUUGCAAUGUAUGAUGAUGCUGUGAUUCCAUAUUACAGACACACAUAUGUAUACGUACAUACACAAGCACAUGCUCACGCGCGUUCGCGCACGUAUACACACACACUUGUGUGUAUACAUAUAUAUAUAUGUUACCAUGUAUAUGUUAUCCUGUACCGUUUGACUGUGUCCUUGGAUAUCAGUAGAGUUUGAAUGUUCUAAAUGGAAUUUAACCGUUUUAUGGAAUUUAGACCGAGUCUGAACAAGAAAUCUCAAAAAUCUAAUGUUAGGAUGUAUAUGAAUCUGCAAAAAUAAAUUUCUGAUUAAAGAUGUGCUAUGGCACAGAUAUCACUUGUGUUCGUAUGUAUGAUCAAAUCUGAUGUUAUUGAGUGUGUUGUUAUAUAGUGUCUCUAUGUAUUCUCAUCGGGUGAAAAAAGCACGGAGAAUAUAAUGAAAUCCUGCCUGAAAAUAUUGUGUGCUUCACAUUGCCUGUGUGGGCAACUAAAAUCAACUGACUGCAGAGAUAUUUGCAGAUGCGUGAUGUUUUAGUGCUGGUAAGGUUUUCAUUUGUCUAGAGUGUACGAUCAAUCUAUGCUGUUAACGGGCUCUCUGAAGUUUGUUUGUCUGUUGGCUAUAUACAGUUAGGUAUAUAAAAUACAAAUAGAUAAUCGUUGGUGGUUCUGAAGAGCAUAAUUUUACAACUAAUGUUGAUAUGUGUUAAUGUGAAACCAUAACAUCUAUGAUAUUGUUUUCCGCUUUUGUUAUAUUUUGACAUUGAAAAUCCCGUCAGUAGUAAUAGUUAAACAGGAAAAUCACAUGAUUAAUGUUAACAAUCAAAAUAGGAUGUCACGGUGGCACGAAGUUUCAUGAUUGUCCGGAAUUGAAAAUGUUAAUUUUUGCUUGCCAGCUGAUGUUAUUUUGUUAUGCCUUCUAUUCGGGAAAUGAUAUUGUGAGAUUCGAUGUGCAUAUAAGGAAUUCUUUCCCUGUAUAUAUGUAUGGCAUAUUCUGUGCUUAUCAAUUAUUUUUCAGUUUGGCUACGUUAUGUGUGUUGUUAAUCAGGUGGUUAAUGGCAUAACUGCAGUUAGGAUUUUGUGCCAUACAUUAGAAAUUGCAGGUUGGACAAUAAUGUGUAAAAAACUCCAGAAGAACUCCAAAAUUCCAGAUAAUGCGAUUUUUAUUAAUGUAAAUGCAUUAAAAGUGUUUUGCUAUUCAGUCAAUAAAAUGGUCGUACUUUUCUAGCUGCAAAUGUCAUGUCAAGGUUUAAGGAAAUCUAUGCUAGCCUCUUAUAACUCAACAUAUCCCAUCUGUCGAGCAUGUACGUUAUAUAAUAUAUUGAAUAUUACUAAACAUUGAUUCUUA